AAAAGUUGAUUUAUCUGGAAGAGUUCAAUGAAAAUGGGUCAAAGUAAUGUGGAAAUAUUCAACGUAAUAUAGGACACUUUCCUUUAGCGACUUAAGAUGGUUUGUUCGUGUUAAUAUCGAUAUUUGUUUUGAAUUUGACGCGUUGAAGGGUGUGAAUUAAUCCCAUAUAUAUAUAAUCUGAGUGAAUUUCCGACUUUUUAAAGAUUAAGAGUGAUUUAGGACACACAAUGGCCGCAGAAUCUGAUUUAGCAAAUGAGAUUAGCCCUGUUGACUUCAUUCAGCUGCAGGAGUAUUUAGAAUACAGCAGGAUAAAGGUGAAAGAUGCAAUGAAGGAAUUUCAUGCUGGUGGAAAGCUGGUUCAUCACAGGUUUGGAGAUCACAUAGAUGCAACAGGAUUUUCUCUAUUCCUCAAGAAUUAUCUUGAAGUUGAUGAUUUUCCAGCUGAUCUCUGCCAGCGUCUCUACCGGUAUUUCCAAAGAUCUGAGCGGUCUGGUCCUGACCAUAGUCUUCACAGGAAAGAUGGUGGCAUCUCUCUUAAAGCUGUAUCAUGUUACUUUUCCAUAUUGGAGGAUGGAAAUCCACGAGACAAACUAGAAUACACCUUCAAAUUGUAUGAUAAAGAUGACAAUGGACUUCUUGAUAGCAAGGAAGUUGACAAAAUUGUUACACAGAUGAUGCAAGCUGCCGAAUACCUCGGAUGGGAUGUGACAGAACUAAAGCCAGUGCUUCAAGACAUGCUGAAAGCCAUAGACGUAGACAGCAGUGGUACUGUAACCCAUCGAGAAUGGAUACAAGGGGGCUUGAACAACAUUCCUCUACUGGUUCUGCUUGGAUUAAAGGUAGCUGAAAAGGACGGCCAGCAUGUCUGGCGGCUGAAGAACUUCAACAGGCCCACAUAUUGCUUUGUCUGUCAGAACUUGAUGUUGGGUCUGCGAAAACAGGGCUUGUCUUGCAAUGUUUGCAAGUACACCGUCCACAGCAGCUGUGCCAACAAAAACCACACACCAUGCGUCAGGACCUUUGUCAGGUCCAAAACAGAGAUAGGGUGUUCAGUUCAUGACUGGAUCAGUGCUGACUGUGAGUCCAACAAAUGUGAGAUUUGCCACAAAAAGAUCAAGAUACUCACAGGAAAGAGCUGUGUGUGGUGCCACCGCAUGCGCCACAGUGACUGUGUUCCUCUGGGCUCAUCGCAUUGUGACUGUGGGCGAUUACAGCAUCACGUCCUUCCACCAUGGGCCAUAUGUGCUAUGGAUCAAGCUGACUCAGGAAGCAGUCUGGGAGAAAAUUACCUGGUAAACAUGAACUCAGAUGGACACUUUUUGCAGAUAUUUCCUGUGAAGGACACAUACCCUCUCUUGGUGUUUGUAAAUCCAAAGAGUGGCGGAAAACAAGGAAAGAGGGUGUUGAGAAAGUUUCAGUUCCUCCUGAACCCACGGCAGGUAUACAAUCUUGACAAUGGUGGACCAAAUCCAGGGCUUCAGUUCUUUCAGAAUCUUCAUCAAUACAGAAUCCUGGUCUGUGGAGGAGACGGCACUGUCGGCUGGAUUUUAGAUGCUAUCGAUAAAGCUGACAUGGUGGUUCACCCUCCAGUUGCAGUUCUUCCUCUAGGAACAGGAAAUGAUCUGGCACGAUGUCUGCACUGGGGAGGAGGAUAUGAAGGCAGUGAUCUGACAGAAAUCCUUAAGCAGAUUGAGGAGAGCACACUAGUGCAGAUGGAUCGCUGGAGUUUGCAAGUCAUUCAAGCUAAUCUGUCAGACGAUGGCGACCCAGUGCCUAAUGACAUCAUCAACAACUAUUUCUCUAUCGGUGUGGACGCAUCUAUAGCACACCAGUUUCAUGUGAUGAGAGAGAAGGAUCCACAGAAGUUUAACAGCAGAGCCAGAAAUAAGCUGUGGUAUUUUCAACUCGCAACAUCCGAGACCAUUUCAGCUUCCUGCAGGAACUUCAAGGAAUGUCUCAGUAUUGAGUGUUGUGGCGUUCCUGUCGAUCUGAGCAGACUCUCGUUGGAGGGUGUUGCUGUCCUGAACAUUCCCAGCAUGCACGGCGGUUCAAACCUGUGGGGAGAAACAAAGAGUGCUGAGAGACUAAAGAAGUGGCAAGAGGUCACUGUUGAUGCUGAUGCUCUUGAGAUGUGCUCACAGGACAUGAAUGAUAAACUCCUAGAGGUUGUUGGGCUGGAGAGCGUUGUGGAAAUGGGUCAGAUUUACACGGGCUUGAAGAGUAAAGCACAUCGUCUGGUUCAGGCUGCUCACGUCACUAUCAGAACAUAUAAAACUCUGCCCAUGCAGAUUGAUGGAGAGCCGUGGAUGCAGCCGCCAUGUACAAUCUACAUCACACACAAAAAUCAGGCUAAUAUGUUGAUGGCUCCAUCUGCUAAAACACUGGGAUUCUUCCUCAAGUGAAACCGAAGCAUGAAGAUCAUACCUCUGAAGAUAAAGAUGGGAACCAGCAUUCCAGUACUGUUUAGAGGAAGUUGGAUCUGCAGUCUUUCCUCCUCUACAAAACACCUGCAGCACUGCAUUACCCAGAAUCCAUCUGUCAUAACUCAGUAGAGAUAAACAUGAACUACGAGGAAGAUGAAAGUUAAAACCAUUUUUUAAUAAUCCAGAUCAGGGUCUAUUUAAUAAUGGACCAGGAUGGUGUUACGGUAUGGAGCUGAUAAAGAACGCACAACAAAGGAAAUCUUUAGACUUAAACUUUUAAUUAAUAAACAAGAACAGGAGAAUAAAGUAGGAGAACUUAACAGCCAAAAACACCAUAAACUUUAACAACGCAAGACAAGGGACUAAAUGAAACAGAGGAGAUAAGCGAGGGAGAUAAUGACUAGAUAAUUAAUACAACACACUGAAACAAGGAAUCUAAUCAAUAACUAUGAGACAAACAGGGAGAGAACUAAAGGGAAGCGCAACUAAUCUCAAAACAAACUCAGACAUGAACAGAACAAGAAAACAGAUCAAAGAACAAACUCUAAACAUGAACAAAUAAACCAAACAUGACAUGUCCGUGUUUGCUCGUUGGAAUAGGGGUAUGAUUCUCGUUUUUCCACCAGUUCUUCAGGGUUUAAAAGAAGAAAUUAUUGAAUUAAUGCCAGCUUUUUAAUCGCCUGCUGAGACUUAAAAAUAAGAUUGUGUCUCAUUCUGUUGACAAUUUAUGAUCAAACUUGAGGAAAGAUACAUUAUAUAAGCUAUUAAUAAAUGACUUACAGCCUGAUAAGAUGUUACAAAAUUGCCUCCGUUGAGGAAAUGUACAUGACCUUUAAAAGAGAUGAAAUGCAUUCUGCAAACUGUAUAUGAACUGAUCAUUGUAUUCACCGCAAAGACUGUGGAAUC